AUGGAGAAUCGUCCGACAACGUUAAUCGAUCCCAAAAGCGGCUUCUGCUCGCUAACCAAAACCUACCUCAGCCUCAGACCUCAUCUCCAACUCCCUCCAAAUACCGCUUCUGUUUCCACCACCGAAUAUGCCUUCUCUCUCCUCCGACAUUCCUCCUCUCCACCACCACAAGCCACCGCUCUCCUCGACGCUGUCACUGGCCAUCGCAUUUCCUUCCACGAACUCAUUUAUUUUACCGAAACCCUCGCCUCCUCUCUUCAAAACCGUUUUCGCCUCAAAAAAGGCGAUACCGCUUUCAUUCUCUCUCCAAACUCUCUCCACAUCCCGAUCCUCUACUUCUCUCUCUUCUCUCUCGGCGUUGUUAUCUCUCCUUCAAAUCCAAAUGCCUCUGAACCGGAGAUUCACCACCAAAUCAACCUCUCUAAACCUGUAAUCGCGUUUGCCACGUCAAAGAAUGCUCACAAAAUCCCUGACUCGGUCAAAGAAAAAAUCCUACUCGACUCGCCUGAGUUUGAAUCGAUAAUGACGAGUCAGACUCGAGUUGCAGGUAACGAAUUGGAACGAGUUAAGGUUUAUCAAUCGGAUCUGGCAGCGAUUCUCUACUCCUCGGGAACAACGGGGAGAGUCAAAGGUGUGUUGCUUACACACCGGAACUUCAUAUCCAUGGUGGCUGCUAGUCAUGCGACACGUGGCGUGAAGAAUAGUAUUCCUACUGUCACGUUGUGUACGGUGCCGUACUUCCACGCGUACGGUUUUGCAUACUGUGUAAGAUUGGUGGCGAUGGGGGACACGCUGGUGUCCGUGGGGAGGUUUAAAUUAAGGGAGAUGCUGAGUGCGAUUCAAGAGUAUAGAGUGAGCCACGUGGCAUUGGCUCCACCGGUGGUAGUGGCGAUGGUUAAAAAUGUUGGAGUAGUGGAUGGCUACGAUUUGAGCUCUCUUGAAGUGGUGGCUUGCGGGGGAGCUCCUCUAACGAAGCGGGUCCUUGAGCUGUUUAAGGAACGUUUUCCCUGCGUGCAUCUUGCCCAGGGAUAUGGGCUGACAGAAACAACGGCCAGAAUAUUUGGAACAGUAGGUCCUAAAGAAAGUGAAGUUAUUGGAGCAACAGGAAAGCUUCUAUCAAAUUGCGAAGCAAGGAUUGUUGAUCCAGACACUGGUAUUUCUCUUCCUCCCUGCAGUCCUGGGGAGCUUUGGGUUAGAGGAGACACAAUUAUGAAGGGUUACAUUGGUGAUGACGAAGCAACUGCUGCAACUUUGGAUUCUGGGGGAUGGUUGAGAACUGGGGACCUUUGUUAUAUUGACAAGGAGGGCUUCUUGUUUUUCGUGGAUCGUAUCAAGGAACUAAUCAAAUGUAAAGGCUACCAGGUUGCCCCAGCAGAACUUGAGCAUCUGCUUCAAUCGAAUCCGGAUAUUGUUGAGGCAGCUGUAGUUCCAUAUCCUGAGGAGGAAGCAGGUCAGGUGCCUGUGGGCUUUGUGGUAAGACAGAAUGGAAGCAAUAUUGACGAAUCAAAAAUCAAGGAUUUUAUUGCCAGACAGGUUGCACCAUACAAGAGAUUAGAACGAGUGAUGUUCAUUGAAUCGUUACCUAGGAAUGCCGCUGGUAAGGUGCUGAGAAGGGAGCUAAUCAACCUUGCAUUGUCAAAUGCUAUAUCUAAGUUGUAA